AUGAUUUCAGAGCAUGAAGAUUCGUAUGCUCGAUACAAUAAGGUCCGCAUUAGAAUCAUUGGCAAUAGAUCGUACAUUCCACUGGAUAUUUUGAAGGACUUAGAGAAUAUCGAAGAAAUCACUAAAGAUCAUUCGUCUAAGAAAACUUUGAAUGUUUGCUUCCCUUAUACUGCUCGUGAUGAGAUCACAUACGCUGUCAAACGUAUUGCUGAAAAGAGAGUGAACGGUGAGAUCACUAGCCGUGAUGAAAUUACAACCAAAACCAUAGAAGAAAACUUCUACUUUGGGGGAGAUGUGCCACCUUUAGAUAUUUUGAUUCGGACAAGUGGUCAUACUAGAUUAAGCGAUUUUUUACUUUGGCAAUGUAAUACUGAAUGUACUAUCGAGUUUCCAGAUGUAUUGUGGCCAGAUUUUGGGUUUGUUAGUAUUAUUUCAAUUUUAUUCAAAUGGAGCUAUUACAGAACUAUUCAAAUUGAAGAAGAAGCAAUAAGAGGAAAGGAACCACAUAUCCAAGAUGUAGUCCCCCCAGUAUUAUUAAGAGAUUUACCACAUCCACCUCCAGCUACCUCUGUUACUAUUCAGAAAUGA